AUGGGGAAGUUUGGUUACUGGGAGCAUUCCAACCGAGAACUUGCCUCGCAAAUCCCACAAUUUCCCUACGAAAACACGUCGUACUUUGGUGAGCGUUCCCAGUUCCGACGAAAAUAUUUAAAUUCCAUCAACAUCGUUUGCUGUGAUACAUCAAUUCUCGUCUGAUGUGAUACCUGAAUUCCCUGAAGAAUUCCCAAUUGUUGAAGAUCUUCGAAGUCAACUUGGAAACAACGCCAGACAACAAAGAUACGAAAUUCCAACUGCAUGAAGGUAUCCACAGCAUUGCCAAAUACACAGUGCUGCUGAACGCAGGCAUGGCAUUUACUGUGUUUGCUUUCAAUUGGCCUAUUCCAGACAACCACAUCAUUUAUGAUGAUAGAAAACGUAAAAGAACUAGAAGACUGCAAGGCGUUGCUGAAUUUGGUCGAGAAAUCAAAUAUUUUUGAUGGCUUGCCACAAGAUGUGAACACUCAGUCAAUUGUGGGCGACCCAACAUCUGAUCACGACUUGGUUGGGUUUCCUGAUUCUACAGUUGUUCGGCAUUCUGUUCCAAAGUCCAUUUCUGAGAGCUAUUUUCAGAGCAGUGUAACAUUUUGGUCUCCAAAAUGCGAACAUUUUGGUCUCCAAAAUGCGAAUUUGUCCAAGUUAGUGCAACAGCACAACGGACGUUGAACCAUGUAACCUUUGUUCCGAAACCCUUUCUAUCCUCGAGAAAGCUGCUAGAAGAAAGAAGACAACAAAAGCAGUCCCAGCCAAAAGUAAAGCACCCCUUGCAUCAUGUAGUUUGGAGAAGUUAGUGGCAACAGUGAAAGCGUCGAGACUUGGAUGUAAGCAGUUAGAAAGCAGGAUAAAAGAGCUAAAGGUAAGAAUUACGGAUUAUGGUUUGGGCAUAAAUGGUGCUUUGGAGAAUGAUAUUUUAAAGAUUAUGAGUGGUCAGCAUCUCGAGUCAUCCCUCAUAUGA